GUUUGUGAUGGUGAAUCAUUUUUGGUCAAAAGAUCCGAUCAAAAAAAGAAUCGAUUCAUUUUCUGUAUGUCUAAAAAAGUGCUCAGAAAGGUGGCGUAAAAGUGCAGAAGUAUUAGUGCAGACUUUUAAGUUUGGACAAUACAGUGGAAGAUGUCUCUGAAGAAGCUAUUAAAGAUGCUCGGACUCGGGGCAGUGGCUGUUAUAUUAGGUCUGGAAGGCUUGGACUGGUUGCGGUCUCUCUGGCCCAGACAAGUUUCCCGUCAGCUCCUGAAAGAAGUUCUCUUCUUUCCUUCACCGCCAUCAUGUGUGGAGCACUUAUACAAUCCUGUCAGGACUCAUCCCUGCCCAUGUCCCCUCCCUCAUGGCUUGGACACAUCAUUCUCCAGACUCCUGGAGCACCUCCUUUCAGCACGUGUAUCACUGGACCUUUGUAUGUUCUGCUUCUCCAACAUCCAGCUGAGCCGGGCUGUGCUGCUGUUACACAGCCGGGGUGUGCGGGUGCGAGUGCUCACAGAUCGAGAAUACAUGGCUAUCACAGGCUCUCAGAUCGCCGUCCUCCUCAAGGCAGGUAUCUGUGUGAGGCACGAGCUGGCGAUCACCAUGCACAUGCAUCAUAAAUUUGCCGUGUUGGAUAGCAGAAAGCUGAUCACUGGCUCCCUCAAUUGGACCAUGACAGCGGUGCAGAGCAACCAGGAGAACGUGAUCGUGAUUGAGGAACCGGAACUUGUUCAAUCUUAUGAGGAGGAGUUUAACAAGCUGUGGGAGGCCAGUGACCCGGCCAAACACCCACCACAUCCACACAGUGUGAUUAAUGCGAAGGGACUGCUGGCACCCUCCAGAGAUGUGUAGCUGGAGUUAGCUGGUUCUGAUAUGUUGUUCAUUUUGUUUGCUUUAAAACAAAAUCUAAUUUACAUUCAAUUGUUACAGUUGUUGCUUUCAAGAAAAAUGUUUCAAUUAAGUUAUAUAUAUGUAUAUAUAUACGUAUAUAUGUAUGUUUGUAGUUUUACAGAUGUUUUAUUUAAAUAUAAUUGUUUUGGUACAGAUUUAGUUAUGGUUCUAUAAGAUUUCAAUAUUUCUGGGACAUGGAGAAGUUUGGUUGUUUUACUGUUGUUUUAAUUCUGUAACGUUCCACUUCAGAGAUAUUAGACUUAUGGUAAAUACAAAUUGGAUUUUAUUCUCUUUAAAAUCUGAUGCAUAGAGGGAACAGUAAGAAUGCAUCCUGUUCGGGGAGAACUAAACUGCAAUAUCUAUAUAAUAAUUCAUCUGCUUUUAUUGGCUUAAAUCUGGCUUUGGGCCAAAACAUUCUCCUCCAGUUCUUUAGUGUCUUUUCAUCUGAAAAAGUGUGCCAGGAUUUAUAUUGCUCAACCUAGCUAUUCAAUCAUGAAACUGGGACCUCAUAUUAGAUAAAGUGGUUUAAUAAAAUUGUAUCCAGCUGAUUUAAUUUUUCAAAUGUA